AUGCAGCGGCAUGUGCUGGAGGUCGGUGCUCAGAACCUCUUCAAGUUGGGGAUCACGAAAGAUAUUGCAAGCCGAACUCCGCAUCACGCAGGCGUGUCUGUUGGCCUGGACAAGGAUGACUACGACUCACUCCCCAAGACUCCUGAACUGCAAGGCUCGGCGAACGUCCAAGCCAUCAUUGCAAACCGCUUCAGCUUCAUCUUUAACCUCAAAGGUCCGAAUUAUGUUGCUGACACCGCUUGCUCGGCUUCACUCACAGCCACGCAUCUGGCCAAGUUCAUGCUCAGGGAUCAGACGAUAGACAAGAUUGAGUUCCAUGUCGCUCUUGGUAUUCAUCAGUGCUUGUCGCCAUUCCCUUUCGUGGGCAGCUCGCAAACCCACAUGACCUCCGCGCGAUGCCGUACGUUCAACGCCACAGCUGGUGGCUACAUGCGUGGUGAUGGCUGCUCCGGGCUGACGCUCAAGCCCGGCGACUUGCCAGACGAGCGCGAUGCCAUCUGGCGCGGCUCCAUGGUCGGCCAAAACGGCAAGUCAGCUACUCUCACAGCCCCGAAUGGCAUCUCGCAAGAAGAGGUUAUCUGGAAAGCCAUCCGAGAGGCCAAGAUCUCUCCGACUGAGUCCUGUGUCUGGAGCUGCCAUGGAACGGGCACCUCGCUAGGCGAUCCCAUCGAAGUUGGCGCAGUUCGCAAGAUCCAGAACAAGGAGCAGCGCGACACAACACUACUUGUCGUCACGAACAAGUCACAGACUGGGCAUUUGGAAGGUGGAGCUGCCAUGACCUCUUUGCUGGCAGCAGUAUUCCAGGUGAAGGCUUCGUCUGCGAUACCCUGCUGCCACUUACGUCAGCUGAAUCCGCACCUGGACCAGACCAAUUUCAACGCAGUGUUCAACAGCGAGUUGAACUCCUAUCAGUACUCGCAGGGCAACGUGCACGUCUCCUCCUUCGGCUUCGGUGGCACAAAUGCCCACGCCAUCUUCUGGGGAGAGAACGUUUACCAUGCACCAAGCAAUGCAGAGCUCUACCAGAAGCGCAUCUGGAGCAUGUCGCCACCAGAAGUGAGGGUCAAUGGCAGUGACCCUGCUUUGUGGGAUUGGGACGGUCCGGACCAGGUGAUUCUCCCAGGUGACAAGUACUCCAUCGAAAUGAAUCCUGACGAUCCACCCAACGCUCCGCAGCGGUGGUUCAAGGAGGACACCGGGGUUGAGCACGACGAGGGUGAGGAUGAGGUCUACUGCCUCACAGGACCUUUCAAUGAAUGGGAUCUUGAGCAGAUGGAGGACGGACCAGUUCCGGGUCUCUGGACCCUAACGGUCAAGGUCCCGAGCAGUGGACAGGUGGAAUUCCGCAUCUUGAGGAAUGGGAACGAAGACGAGGUCAUCUAUCCUGACAUGGACAAGUGCUCUCAAAAGCUGACGCCCAUUCAUGGGCCUUCGAAAGAUGAUCAGAGGAACGCCAAGAACACUUGGCUCGCCGAAGGAAUUCCAGGCUCCAGCAUCAAAGUCGAUUUCUUUACAUGCAGAGGAAUCCGCAGCAUCAACUGGAUGCAGGCCACCCCUGUGCUUAUGUGA